AAUAUAUCUAGCACAUUCUCUUCUCUUCUCUUAUAUCUUCCAUUCUCUCACACCAUUGAUUUAAGUCAUCAUCUUCUUGAACAAGAAGUAGUCUGAGCCAAAACUAGAAUCAGCGAAUGGACGGAACAACUUUUAAGCGUCAUUCGUCGCUUUCGACACUUGUAGCUCAUUUCUUUGGCAUCUUAGCCGUUAUUCUAAUGCUCGUGUGGCUUCUCCAUUACCGUGAAGGCAUCGAGUAUGGCUCCGACAAUCCCCUUAAGGUUUUAAAUGUGCAUCCAUUUCUCAUGUACUGUGGAUUUCUCUUCCUCGUGGGCCAAGCGAUGAUGACGUACAAAACGGCUUAUGCCUCGCAUCAAGUACAGAAAAUGGUUCACGGUGGGCUUCACUUAAUAGGAUUAGUUCUAGGUAUUGUCGGAAUCUGCGCCGCCUUUAGGUUCCACGACAAAUUAAACCUUAAAGACAUGGUCUCUCUUCACUCCUGGAUCGGUCUCACCACUUUCAUCCUCCUCGGCCUCCAGUGGCUACUCGGCGCGUUUACAUUCCUUGCGCCACAAUCUUCAUCCGGGACAAGAACGAGGAUGAUGCCGUGGCACGUCUUAGGUGGUCGGGCUCUACUUUAUAUGGGUAUUGUCGCAGCACUUACCGGACUCAUGCAGAGAGCCACGAUGCUUGGUCAGAGCACAAACGCUGAGUCACGACUCAUUAACUUCACUGGCUUAGCUAUUCUACUCUUUGGCGUUUCCGUCGACUUCUCCGUCGCUCUUGGCCGUUAUGCUUGAUGGAUUCCUAUAUUAACUAGUCUACCGUUAAAUUAAUCUUUCUUUGUUGUAUCAGUUAAUGAAUUAUUGUUUGUUUGUUUUGGUGUGUAAAUGUGAUUGGUGUGAUAUCUAAAUGGGUCCUGAGAGUGAUUAUGAAAUGAUAUUUGAUUCUUAAUUUUACUUUGGAUUUUUUUAUUUGUU